AUGUUAAAUCAAGAGAAAGCAGAUGCUGCCUUAGAGGAGAACUUCACUAAUAAAGUGAGGCAGAUGCUACACGAGGAAAAGGCAGCUGCUAUCAAAAGAUUAAAGAAGAAGGGACAGAUGCCUACAGAAACGGAUGAGGAGGGUAACACAUGGCCAACAAAGGAAGCUUUAAUUUCUGCUAAGCCACCUGGCUUUGGUACUAUUGUUGGUUGGCGUUUACUUUGCGAGCAUUGGUGUAGUGCUGCAUUUAGAAAGAAAUCUUUGACCAAUAGUAAGAACAGACUAGCUCAUGGGGAAACCGUCUUCCAUUGUAGUGGUGCGAGAAGUGUUGUCUCUACACGCCAACAUCUGAAACUCAAAAUUGGUAAAGACCCUGGAAUUACCGGUGCAUGGCUUCACACACACAACUUGCAUCGUGGGACUGAUAGAGAGCAGAUAUGCAGCCAACGAAUUUCUAAACGUUGGGAAAAUUUUGAUGAUGCAAUGACAAAUGCCCAUGGAGAAAACUGGCAAGAGGAGCACCCGGAAUUAGAUGCACAAAUCAUCUAUGAAGCAGCGGGUAAAAUGCCACAUGGCAGACUGGGAAUUGCCAAUGAGUUAUUCACCAAAACGGAGAAGUGCAAGAUUAAGUCUAGAAGGGUGUUCGCCUCACAGCCGGUGUGAUCAGCUAGAGAGGACCGUCUAGAAAGAGAAAACAACCGUUUGCAGCGAGAUAACAAGCGUCUACGAGGCAUGGAGCUGGUUGUGCGGGUAAUGUUUCAUUUUCUUGUAAAUUGUAGUCUAUGAGUGAA